GGCGGCUUGCCGCCGCCACUGAGCCGCGUGGCCAGCCCCCCACGUGGCCCGGGUCCGAGCACCACCCAGGUUGUGCGGGCGGCGGCACCCAGCAGGCACCCUGGGGGCCAGCACGUUGCAGGGAGGCUGCGCCCACUUUGCUCCUGACGGGGGGCAGCGGUCGGUCUUUCCCAUUAAUGGGUCCUGGCCAGAGGCCGUUAAAUGUGGCUGCCCGGUCAUCUCCAGUGCGCAGGUGGUGGCUCAUUGCCAUAGGGGCCGCACCCCAGACGGCAGCCCCUGCCCCAGGCCGGCCAGCCCAUCCAGCCCCGCGGCCACCGGCCUGCAGCCCCUUGGCCCUGCCCCCGCUGGCUCACCCUGGUCACCCACAUCAGGUGCCCGUGCGCACCUCACACGCUCACAGCAGCCCCUGGCGUGCUGUUCCGCCCGGCGUGUCCUGCCGGCUCCGGCUAGGCCUCCCGCGGGCCCGGGGCUGGCUCCGGGGCGGCCCAUCUGGCGGCCACGCUGGGGACCUGCCCGGCCGGCGGAGGGGAUCUGCGUCGGGAAGUUCCUCUGGGGGAAGGUUCUUUGGCACCAGCUCAAGUUCUGUAGCCCAUGUGACCUUCCUGCUUCUCAGGGGAUGCAGGAAACCCACGGUUCCCCACGUCCGUUUCUCGGAAUCGCCACCGGGGACUUCUCAGCACCUCCCGGGUCCUCACCGCAGCUGCGCCGUGCCGGUCACCUGCUUCUUUCCUCUGGUCAGUCUAGCUGCAGACUUCGGCCCUGAGCUGAUUUCCUUCCUUCCACUCGCUUGUUGCUUCAAAGUUCCCAAGGCAGCCGAGGCCACGAUCCGACGUAGGAGUUUCCCUCUGAGAGCUGCUUUGGCUGCACCCCGUAAACCUCCCCGUUACGCUUUCGUGCCAUUUCAGCGUAAAAUACUUCCUGAUUUCUCCUUUGAGUUUUAUUUAACCCCCGCACGGGUCAGGAUCACGCGCACAUACUCGGGACUUGCGGCCGCCGGCCAGCGACCCGCGUCUAGAGAAUGCGUCAUCUGCGGCGGGCGCCGCUCCCGCUUCCCGCCCGUCACACGUGGCCCGGCCCGGACACCGGCCAGCCAGACCCGAGUCCGGGUGCGGGGCUCGGACCCCUGCGGGUGGUGCGCCUGCGCCGUUCUGACAGCAGGCGUCCCCAGUGGCCUCAAGGCCACCCCCUCUCUGAGCCACGCCCGGGGUGCCCCUCGGCCGCCACGUCAGUCGCUCUGUCCGGGGUUUCCUCCCUGUGGCCUUUGCUCUCACUCCGGUGAGACGCGCCCCUCUGACGCGCAGAGCGGUGGCCUCAAGCGCCCACUGGACGAUGACCUCCGCUCCCCGAAGCCCCCCGCCUUCCUGGACGGGAGCCGCGCGUCAGAGGGACGCCGCCCCGCCUCGGACCCUCAGGGCCUCCGUGCCCCUGUCUCUCCUGACCAGACGGGGGAGACGGUUCUGCCGCUCGGCGCCUCCCCGCCGUGUCUCUGCUCCGGGGCACGCUGCGGAGCGAGAGCUGGGGCCCCGCAGCCCCGCUGACCACUGUGGUUGUGCCUGUCACAUCUCUGCCUCUGCCUAACCCUCCCCUGACCAAUCGGCAGGGCUCAGGCGGCGCUCGGGACACACCGGUGACCUGCGCCCCGCUCCGGCCGCCUGUGGGGCG